ACCAAGUCCACCUUGAGCCCUCAAGUCACUCGUCGCCGCAUACCUUCCGCACCUCUACACCCUUCCAUCCACCGCCAUGCCGCCACGCCCCAGGCGUUCAAUGGCAAAAGCCUCUCCAGUGCGGCCCUCCCGCAGCCGUGUCGUCAAGGACGAGCCCGACACGCCCAAGACGGAUGUUGACGAGGCCGAGCAAAUGGACCUUGACGACGACGACGAACCUGGUCCGUCCCGGCGCGGCAGUGCUCGCAAGCCCAAGGCCACCAAACGGCGAGUUAAGACUGAAUCGGACUCGGAUGACGAGGUCGUGUCAAAGUCGAGCCGCAGACGAAGCACGAAGCAGGUGUCAUACAGAGAAAUUCCCGUCGAGGAAGUCGCACCGGAGGAGUCGGAGGAUGAGGAAGACGAUGAGGAAGACGAAGAUGAUGAGCCGGUCGUUUCUACGCCGCGCCGCCGUGGCCGCGCGCAAAAGGAGAAAGAUGGCGGUGACAAACCGUACAAGCGUGAGCCAGGAUCUGGCAGCGGUCGGGGCGGUUUUAGCAUCAAGGGUGCGGCGGCGGCGGCCGCACGCGCACGUUGGGAUAAAGUGCGCAGAGAAAAGCUCGAGCGGGGCGAGGAUCCCGAGGCGCCGAAGCAGCGUGCAUCGGCACCCAUCAAGAAGGAUCCUCGCGGCGCGCUCGAGAAUGUCAUCAAGGGGCAAGUGUACACCAUCAAGGGUGUCGAGUACACGGCCGGCGAGGACGAGCUCAUACUCCCUGAGAACGAGAAAGGGAACACCAAGGUCGACUCCGAGGGGCGCCUGCUCGGUGGCCGCGAGUACAAGCUGGUCACCUUCACCUCACCUUCCCGCGGCAGCCCAGACCGCGUAUAUGCGUUGACGAUUGACGCGGCGCGCGCGUGUGGGUAUACGGACUCGCUGGCGUUCCUGCGUCGUUGCCCACAGCUCGUCAAGUUGUCGUGCAACCCGGAUGAGCGCGAGAUGCUCAUCAACGUGGGCCGCAUCACUGGCAACCUCAAGCACCGCGCGGUGACAAUGGUGGCGAUGCGUAACGUGUUCAAGCUUAUGGGCGCGCGGCUAGUGAAGAACGGCAAGUGGGUCGACGACGACUAUGACGAGGAGCGCGCCGUGGUCGACUGCGAAGCGAACGGGUGGACACCCCAUGGGCCGGUGCUGGACCAGGAGCUUGCUGUGAACCAGUACCCUUCAGCUGGCGGACCUGGGCGCCCUGCAGCAAACGCGGGCAUUCUCGCCGAUGCGAUGGCGAGCAAGUCAUCACUGGGCUCAUGGUACAAUGUCGGUGGCUUCACAACGCAGUUUGGCGGCAAUGGCGCCGACCCAUGGAGCGAGCUUCAUGCCAAGCGGGGCAAGUUGCGUCAGCUGGGCGUGACUGAGGAGGACUGGAUUCUGCGGACGGCCGAGGACGCUCGGCGCAUCGACGAGACGCUGCGCGGGUAUCGCGAGGAGCGCCUGAACGCGCUCAAGGGCUCUGAUGCCCUGCGCGGAUGGCACUACGUCGCUGAGCAGCGCUCUGCCGGUGAGAUAAAGGAGGAGAAGGAAGAGAAAGAGGAGAAGGAGGAGCCGAAGCAUCCGCUCGCGACGGAGAUUACAGCCGAGCCGCCAAGUGAGCCUUUGAGUCCUGCGCCUCCCGAGAAUCCGACCUCCGAGGCGCUCGGCGAACUCAACAAGCUUUCUGAGGUGGACAAGAAUCCCGGCGGCAAGAUUGUGUACGAGACGGACAGGGAGACGAAGUACGGCCGACUGAAGAUGGAGAAGUGGGUUCCUGGGACUGUGUAUGCUGCCUAUGAGCCCCACACGCAGAUGCCGCAUGUGCCACUGCGCACGCAGCCCACAACAGCGCACGAGGAGCGCGUCUCGAUUAUGCCAUGGAUCGGGUUGAACGGAUCAGCCAAACCGGCACUCUUGCCUGGCUACUCGUCCGUGGAGGUGGUGUUCGACCCGUCGGCACCAACGGAGGACUCGUUCCUCGCCUUUGGCGACGGGACACGUGGGCCGGAGGCCAUCAAGCGCCACCGCGCGCUCAUCGAGGAGGCUGAGACCUGGGAGCGCGAGUCGCGCGCCAAGCGCCGCCGCUCGACGGCCGCCUCGGCUACGCCUGCCUCGUAGUAGGCUCGCUUGUGCGUGCCGAGAUCGGCUGAACCAGGGGUACAAAGAUUAGGCAGAUACACAUCGAUAUGCAUACAACCGUUGUAUUUUAC